AUGGUGAUGUACCAUGUCCACUUGGUUGGUAUUGAUAUCUUCACUGGUAAAAAAUAUGAAGAUAUUUGCCCAUCAACUCAUAAUAUGGAUGUUCCAAACAUCAAGAGGAAUGAUUAUCAACUGAUUGGUAUUCAGGAUGGGUAUCUCUCCCUGCUGACAGAAAGCGGUGAAGUUCGUGAGGAUCUAAAGUUGCCAGAAGGUGAUCUUGGUAAAGAAAUAGAAGGAAAAUUCAAUGCCAGUGAAGAUGUGCAGAUAUCUGUCAUAAGUGCAAUGAAUGAAGAAUGUGCUGUAGCCAUAAAGCCUUGCAAAUAAAGAGGAUCACCAGGCUCGGGCAACUGCUCAGGUCUGGACAAAUCACAGAUCUUUAAAUUUGAUUCUGAUUGUCACCAAAGCUCUGGCCUUCACAAGCAACCUCAUUUCUUUUUCGAAUUGUUAAAAAGCAGUGCUGGAUUCUGGAUUAGUGUUGCAGGCUAACUGGCAGUUUUCAAAAUCACUGAGAUUUUAAUUCCUUAAUUGUAACUAUUUUAACAUUCCUGUGGGUUUCAGCUAUGGAUCUGAGAAACCAAUCAGGUGUUACUAGUGGAUAUAUUUUUAUUUGCUUGAGCAAAACAGUGUUUGUCUGUAUGAACAGACAAAAUACAGUAUUCAGGGGCUUUUAGAUAAGCUAGUAGGUAUCUAGGAUUAUAAAGUGACCUAGAGCACAAAUAGUAUUUUUCUUGACAUGUUUAGAUAGAACUGACAAUAAAAGUAGCAUUUUUUUUUUUAAGCUUAAGUAUUUUGUGGAUUGGGACUCUUGCAGAACUGUAGGUGCCAAUCACAAGUUUUAGACCAAGAAACUCAAGUGAUCAAAAAUGCCAGCUGGCUUGACAAAGCCCCCGUGGCCAUGUGCAACUUAACUGUAUUACCUCUGUACUCUUUUGCCGAUAUGUUGGCUUAUUGUAACGUUAAAAUGGUGUCAAAGCCUACCUUUGGUUUAGGCAGGCAAUUGGAAUAUUGGGUAGAUAUGAUAUAGAUAGGUUAAGGGGGCACAAAGGUGAGAUGGAUGUUAAAGCUAUAGACUUUCACUCGAGGCCUUUGUCAGACUUGAAAAAUAAAAACAGAAAAAUGCAGUUCAAUUGCUUUCCUCUAUUAUAUUUAUCUUAAACUAUAAAAUGGUGACAAACUCCAUGGGAAUCUGUUGCAGUGCUUCCAGCUUUAGGUUUUAAUCUUCAGGUUCAGACCAUAUUUUUGUAGCGCAAGGGCCAUGUGUUUUUCAAAAAGUGGGACAGAUUGUAGCAUUGAGCCUAAACUAAAUGCAUGUGAUUCUUUUUAAAAAGUAAAGCAAAACUAUAUUAUUUUCAAAAUAUAGACUUGACAGACAAUACAUGACUUAAUUACAAAAGUAAAUUGCUACAUAGUUUAGAAAGCUAGCUCCUAUCCACAGGAGUUCUUCCAGUCAUUAAAACGCACAUGCAUGCCUCUAACUUGUUAGCAGCUUAACAGGCAAACAAAAAGCUUUACAGAACUAGUCGCAGAAGGAUAACUAGCCUACUCCUGUUUAUGGUGUUCCACUUGAAUUCUAAUACUUAGUGUCCCUUAAUAAGGGAGGAACUUGUUAGCCCGCGGCUCAAACCUCUCUUUGCAGUUAGUAAAUUGUUUCAUAAACUUGCCUUAAGCGUCAGUAGCUAUUGGCUAAUUGAGGACAGCUUGUAAACGCUUGGCAUGCUGCCCUGGACAGCGUGCACAAUUCAUACUUUGUUGGCAGUGAGAGUCAGACUUCAUGCUGCCCUUAACUACUUAAAAUGUUUUGAGCUUAAUGGUAUGUAUUCUCUAAUUCCCAAAGGGCUCACAGCAACUCUCCUGAUACGCCCUUGUACAUGCUGUGUUAGGGCUUAGCAAAUCUUGGAGGCCUAAUACAGGUGGCAAAAACAUGUAUUUUCCAUAGACUUCUCGUGACAGGGAGAGGAGCACGAUGAAGGUAAAGACAGCAAUAAAUAUACUUUGGUAAUAAAGCACAGUUACCUGUGAAACCUGGCAAGAGUAGGAUACUGCCACAUGCUCUUGCCUAGCACAGUAAGCAUUGUAGGUGAACUCUAUAAAUAGCAUCUUGACCGAAAUGACGAAACUGCUCUUAAAAAGGGCUGUAGAUGCAAGAGAUUGAAAUGCGUUCAAAAUAGCCUUGGAGCGCGUGCUUAGUUUAAGCUGAUCUGCACUGUGCUCCUUUCUGCCUCUCCAUCACACUGAUAUCUGAGAGAGAGUCUUUUUGGGUUUGGAGAUGACUGAAACCAUUAAUAAUGGUGUUAGUGAUGUCCAAUGGGAAGUCUUAGGCUGCUAUAUCAAACUGAUGCAAGUUCUAGAUGUUAUCACUAGUAUUAAAAAUACUUCUAAAAAUGUUUGAAAAUGGUAAGACUUGGGUUUGUUCUAAGAGUGCUUUAGUCCACUUUUAGGUGCCUGUCUGUCCUCUAGAACCUGUGUUGGAGGUCAGGUGUUGGAUGCCACUGGCCCACAAGCUGAGCAUGUACUUAGACUAAGUUCUUUGGGACAAGAGCUGUUUUUUUGGUCCGGUUUCUACAGCAGGGUCCUGGUCUGCCUGGUGUUUUCGUGUACUACAGCAAUCUAAAGAUACAUGUUUUAUGACCUCCAGCUUGUUGGAAGAGCCCUCCUUGGGGCUUAAAGAUGUCCUUCUGUUACUGCCUUCAGUUCUGCAAGAUUGAGAUGGUUCAGUACUUCAAUAUAGGUUUGUUCUGAUUAUAUACUUGUCUUUUGUGAAGCACUUCAAAUGCUGUGGAAGUGCAGAGCAUUGUGGCAUCAUGCAUGAAGUUUCCCAUAGGUAAUGCAUAAACCUGUGGUUUAGCAUGAGUCUUAAGCAUAAUCUCCAAGUUUCAGUAAGAAGUUGCUUCUAAGUUAGAACAAAUGCUUGAGCCAUUUUUUUUCAGAGAUGUUUCAGUUUACUGUCAAGAUCAUUUGCAGCAAACUUUUGUUUGUGAUCAGUAGUCCAUAUAAUUGCAUAUUUUUUAAGAGCUCUAUCAAAUGUUUAGGGAAAUCCUACUCUCAAAGCUUUACAUUAAAACAAACCUUAUCCAUGUACUUGUUUUGUAGCACUAUCUUAACACUUUAAGCUGUGUCAAAACUGAUAACUACAAACUUCUAGUAGCUCAUGCAAUUGCUUCAUAUAAAGGCUGUGAAAACUAGGAGGUUAAGAAAAGUAUUUCCACUUCUAAUAACGCAUUUUUUUAUGGCUCUAAUUUGGUGAGUUUCUCUUACUACUUUACAGAAUUAGGAAGACUGCAGUGUUUCCUGCCUCAAAUGUUGGCAAAUAAUAUUUCAAGAUUUCAAUAGAUUCUUCUAAUUUUUGCUUAUAAAGGUGGUUUUUCAACUAGACUCUUGCUAGUUGAGCCAUGUUCUCAGGGCUGUUUUUUUUUUCCUUUUCUUUUUUUAAAGAAGUUAGCUGAAUUUCAUUAUCUUAAUGUAACUGCUCUCAAGCCUCUUGCAGGUUUUUCUAAUCCAUAACGUACCUGAAAUGGUGCACAGUCUGUAGUUUCACAAUACAGGUAAUUUUACAUAAUCUAAGGAAGUCAAUUUGUUGACAGUUCAAACUUAUGGUUACUGCAGGUCAGUCUUACAGAAUUCAAAAGUCAAUAAAUCCCAGUUUUUUUGGUUGAGUAAUUAGAAUGUAGUUUGUUACAGUAGAAGUAAACUUCGGGGCGGGGGGGGAAACUUGUUGAGGAUGUUUUGAGCAUCUCGAUUACACACUGAGAUUUUACGGAAGGCAUAGAUCUUGAAGGCGUCGUGCUGGGCGCGGGAUGGAGCUUUCAGCAGGGCUCACUGAGAACGGCAAAAGUCGCUUUAACAUCUGCAGUCUAGCCCUAAAGUGUUUGGCAUCUGAGAGUAACUCUAUUUGUGGACUUAGCAGUUGAUCCUAAUGUUUGCUACGUAUCGCCCUGUCACCGAAACCCCCUGUUCUGGGUCAUCUUUUGUUGUAUUGUAAACAUAACCACUAUUCAGUGUAGCUCGGAAAAGGUUGGGGGAAAGAAGUGACAGUGAUGAGUGACUUAAGUGAUCAGAGCAAAAACAACUCUGCGAACUGUGAUCUGUAAGUCAACGGUAGGCCUGGGGGGUUGCCAGCUGGGAGGGUCUGUGUGUUUUAAAGUAUGUUUUUAACACCAUUAAAAACAGUCACUUGAAAGCGAUACAUGUCUGUUUCACACAUAAAUAAUAAAAAUCUCAGUGUUGUGAAAAGUUGAGUGAUGUUUAAGGUUACGUGGAGAAUCUUUUGCAUUUAGGUGAAGCUGAUGAAGGGUUUUAUCAGAUGAACUUUGCCUCUUUAGUUACAGUAAGGAAAAAAGGAGUUAGACUUUAGGUCCAUUCUCUUAAGUAUUUUCUUCCUUUGUUACUGUUAGCAAAUACCUCUGUACUUUCCGGAUGAGAAACACUUUACAGCUAGGAGAGCUUGUCAUAGAAUUUGUAUGCGGAAAGAGAAAGUGCUUACGUUCCUGUCAAAAAGAAAUAAAAUUUGAGAAAAAUAAAGGUGACUCAGUGAUGCGA